AUGAAAGCUCCGAAGCCACCUGAUCGGCCACUGGUCCCUUAUAUGCGAUAUAGCCGCAAGAUGUGGUCAAAGGUUCGUGCUGAAAAUCCUGAAGCACAACUUUGGGACAUCGGUAAGAUCAUCGGCCAAAUGUGGAGGGAUAUUCCGGAUUCGGACAAAGCUGUCGAAUAUGAGAAAGCUUUCAAGGCCUAUCAAAACUCGCAUGCUUAUCAACAAUAUGUAAACGCCAAGACUCGAGCCAAAGCUAACGAGAAAUCUUCGCGGAGUCGUAUGGAAGUUGGUGGCGUUGUGAUUCAACCUGUUGAUGAAGAAGAUGCUGGUAAUGAACUAUCAUGUCGACGUCUUGCAGCCGUUCGGCGGUUGGUGUGCGAAGAGAGGCCACAGUUGGACGAAGCGAAAUAUGCAGAGUUGUUGGAAGAAAUGAAGGUCAAGUUAGCAGAAGCUUAUAAAGAAUACAAAAAGAAGCAAGAUGAGAUUAAUGCAAGGCUCGCCGCCGAACGCGAAAAGAUCGUAGAAGAGACGCCAGUUUUGGCGGAACUAGUGAUGGGUGAUGAGGAUGACAAGGACACGAUUACUAAGGCACCGGAACCUGAAGAAAAGGAAGACGAGGAAAAGAAGGAAGAAGCGCCACAAGAGGAGAAACCUGUUGAAGAGGAUAAGAAACCCGAAGAGGAGCCGAAGACGGACGCUGAAAAGACUGAAGAGGCUAAGUGA